GACCAGGGCCAGUACGAGGACGCAAUGAAUAAUUACCAACACACACUUAGUCUAUUUCAAAAGACAAGUGACGAGAGUGGUCAAGCUAAUGCAUACCUUGGUAUGGGUAAUGUGUACAAAGACCAGGGCAAGUACGAGGACGCAAUGAAUAACUACAAACACGAACUUAGUCUAUUUCAAAAGACAGGUGACGAGAGUGGUCAAGCUAAAGCAUACCUCAGUAUGGCUAAUGUGCACAGGUCUCAGGGCAAGUACGAGGACGCAAAUAAUAACUACCAACAAGCACUUAGUCUAUUUCAAAAGACAAGUGACGAGAGUGGUCAAGCUAAAGCAUACCAUAGUAUGGGUAAUGUGCACAGUUCUCAGGGCAAAUGCAAGGACGCAAUGAAUAACUACCAACAAGCACUUAGUCUAUUUCAAAAGACAAGUGACGAGAGUGGUCAAGCUAAUGCAUACCUUGGUAUUGGUAAUGUGCACAGGUCUCAGGGCAAGUACGAGGACGCAAUGAAUAACUACCAACACGCACUUAGUCUAUUUCAAAAGACAGGUGACGAGAGUGGUCAAGCUAAAGCAUACUUUUGUAUGGGUAAUGUGUACAGUUCUCAGGGCAAGUACGAGGACGCAAUGAAUAACUACCAACAAGCACUUAGUCUAUUUCAAAAGACAGGUGACGAGAGUGGUCAAGCUAAAGCAUACCAUGGUAUGGGUAAUGUGCACAGGUCUCAGGGCAAGUACGAGGACGCAAUGAAUAACUACCAACACGCACUUAUUCUAUUUUAAAAGACAAGUGACGAGAGUGGUCAAGCUAAAGCAUACCUUGGUAUGGGUAAUGUGCACAGGUCUCAGGGCAAGUACGAGGACGCAAUGAAUAACUACCAACACGCACUUAGUCUAUUUCAAAAGACAGGUGACGAGAGUGGUCAAGCUAAAGCAUAACUUGGUAUGGGUAAUGUGUACAGUUCUCAGGGCAAGUACGAGGACGCAAUGAAUAACUACCAACAAGCACUUAGUCUAUUUAAAAAGACAGGUGACGAGAGUGGUCAAGCUAAAGCAUACCAUGGUAUGGGUAAUGUGCACAGGUCUCAGGGCAAGUACGAGGACGCAAUGAAUAACUACCAACAAGAACUUAGUCUAUUUCAAAAGACAAGUGACAAGAGUGGUCAAGCUAAAGCAUACCAUGGUAUGGGUAAUGUGUACAGUUCUCAGGGCAAGUACGAGGAUGCAAUGAAUAACUACCAACUCGCACUUAGUCUAUUUCAAAAGACAGGUGACGAGAGUAGUCAAGCUAAAACAUACCAUGAAAUGGGUAAUGUCCACUGGUCUCAGGGCAAUUACGAGGACGCAAUGAAUAACUACCAACACGCACUUAGUCUAUUUCAAAAGACAGGUGACGUGAGUUGUCAAGCUAAAACAUACCAUGAAAUGGGUAAUGUGCACAGGUCUCAGGGCAAGUACGAUGACGCAAUGAAUAACUACCAACACGCACUUAGUCUAUUUCAAAAGACAGGUGACGAGAGUGGUCAAGCUAAAGCAUACCAUGGUAUGGGUAAUGUGCACAGGUCUCAGGGCAAGUACGAGGACGCAAUGAAUAACUACCAACAAGAACUUAGUCUAUUUCAAAAGACAAGUGACAAGAGUGGUCAAGCUAAAGCAUACCAUGGUAUGGGUAAUGUGUACAGUUCUCAGGGCAAGUACGAGGACGCAAUGAAUAACUACCAACUCGCACUUAGUCUAUUUCAAAAGACAGGUGACGUGAGUUGUCAAGCUAAAACAUACCAUGAAAUGGGUAAUGUGCACUGGUCUCAGGGCAAUUACGAGGACGCAAUGAAUAACUACCAACACGCACUUAGUCUAUUUCAAAAGACAGGUGACGUGAGUUGUCAAGCUAAAACAUACCAUGAAAUGGGUAAUGUGCACAGGUCUCAGGGCAAGUACGAUGACGCAAUGAAUAUCUACCAACACGCACUUAGUCUAUUUCAAAAGACAGGUGACGAGAGUGGUCAAGCUAAUGCAUACCUUGGUAUGGGUAAUGUGUACAAAGACUAGGGCAAGUACGAGGACGCAAUGAAUAACUACCAACACGCACUUAGUCUAUUUCAAAAGACAGGUGACGAGAGUGGUCAAGCUAAAGCAUACCAUAGUAUGGGUAAUGUGCACAGGUCUCAGGGCAAGUGCGGGGACGCAAUGAAUAACUACCAACACGCACUUAGUCUAUUUUAAAAGACAGGUGACGUGAGUGGUCAAGCUAAUGCAUACCUUGGUAUGGGUAAUGUGUACAAAGACCAGGUGACGUGAAUGGUCAAGCUAAAGCAUACUAUGGUAUGGGUAAUGUGCACUGGUUUCAGGGCAAGUACGAGGACGCAAUGAAUAACUACCAACCCGAACUUAGUCUAUUUCAAAAGACAGGUGACGUGAGUGGUCAAGCUAAUGCAUACCAUGGUAUGGGUUAUGUGUACAAAGACCAGGGCAAGUACGAGGACGCAAUGAAUAACUACCAACCCGAACUUAGUCUAUUUCAAAAGACAGGCGACGAGAGUGGUCAAGCUGAGGCAAUGUGGGCUAUAGAGGGAAUUCACAAUACUUGUGGUAAAUACCAAGAAGUACAGGAAUGUAGUCGUAAGAUUCUUCAUUUAGAAAAGGUGCAAAGAGACCCCUUCAAGCAGGCUUUUCCAUAUACCUUCAGUGGAGAAUUCACAAAGGCGAUAGAGUGUUUCGAAAAGGAGCUUGAUGGCGACGUAAACCAACCUAUAAGUGCACAUUGUUUAAGGAGUCAUAUAUACUGCCAUCAAGGUAACUGCGGAAUCGUAUCUUUUGAAAAGCUUUAAGUGUUAUGAACACAUAUUUACAAAUCUUGGAAAGCUAGAAGAUGCAAAAAUUAAUAUCGCAGAUACCUAUAUCGUAACAUAUCACUUGACAAAAAAGACCAAGCCUUGUUGAUGUCAGAGCAAGGAAGAUUGCGCGCUCUUGGUGAAAACCUUCAAACCAAAUAUGGACUUCACGGAGAUGAAGCAAAGAGUUCAUUAGACUAAGAGGUGUGCUUGUUAGUCCGUGGUAGCUCGUCCUCGUUUGUUGUUGUAUCAUUGAGUGAUGAACACCUUCACUUAUUCGCUCUCUCAUCUCAAACCCCUUUGGUUGUACAGCCGGUACCGUUGAUGCAAAUCACAGAUAAAGCGAAACAAUGGCUAUCUCUUCUCAAAUACCUGAUCAACAGAGUUAUAUAUGAUGCAAAUCACGUCCGUCAAAAUCGCGAUGAUACCUUUGAAGACAGAUCGCUGGACCUGGACAAUGAUGACGAGUCUGAACAACAACACGUGCUGACAGAACUCGCAAAGGUAACACUAGGGUCCAAGGGCUCAGAGAAGACGAAUGAAAUCGGAGGCGAAACAAGC